CAUAGCUACUGUGUGUGUAUCCUCAAAGCAAUUAAACACAGAAGAGAAGAAGAGAAAAAUAGUGAAAAUGGACGCGGGGAAGGAAACGGCAGCCAACUUAACGGCCUCCGCUAAUGCUGGCAUGGCGAAGACCAAGGCCACUGUAGAUGAGAAGAUGGAACUGAUGAAAGCCAAAGAUCCAGCGCAGAAAGAAGCGGUGACCAAAAAGAAGGAGGAGAGGAUCACUCAGGCUAAUAACGAAGAGAAGCAGGCGCAUGCCCGCAACGCCGCAGCCAAAGAGGCGGGAAAGGCUGGCAAUCCCACCGGAACCCACCCGACGUCAGGCUUGCCUGGACAGGGCACCGGCCACUGACCGAAUGUGUGGUGGGGUCGCACCUCGUUGUGACCCACACCGGCACCGGCACACGAAGGACCGUCGAUCGACAUAUCUCAUUAUUGUUCGAUCUAUAUUUGUUUUCGUUCUGUGCUUGUUUUUUCCCGCAUUUAAAGUGUGUUUUAUGUAUCACCUUACAUGCUAAGUGCUAACGUUGUAGUACUAGGUGUUCCAUUUGAAUAAGAACACAAUGUCACCGACAUCGACAUGGA